AAUCAUUCUAUCAUAGUACCCAAUUUUAUUAUCUCUCCAACUCAUAGUGGGGCUCCAUUCUUGCAAAGUUGACAGCUUCUCCUUCUCCUGGCCACCGAUGGAGCCGAUCACCCCGUCCACCUAACCCGCCAUUGUCGUCUCCUUGCCACUUUCCUCUGCCUCCCGACUCCAGCUCACCGGCAUCCUCCUCUGUUUCUGGAUUCAUCCAUCCACAAAGCUCCGAUGAAUCUUUGGUGAUGGUCCGCGAGUUGCUGGCCGUGCUGGUGCGCGCGGCGCUGCAGUGGGCGCUGGCGUCGCUGCUCCUCGCCAACGGCGCCGCCUUCUGCCUCAUCGCCGCCGCGGCCUCGUCGCUCCGGCUCGGCCCGCCCUGCCUCCUCUGCGCACGCGUUCACCGCCUGCUCUGCUCCUCCUCCUCCCCUGGCGCCGGUGCCAGCCAAGAACAAGACGCCUUCCGCCGCCUGCUCUGCGGCGCUCACAUCGCCGCCAUCGCGGGCUUAGGCGCAGAAGAAACAGAGCAUCAAGCGUGCUCUGCUUCUCAUGGCGUCGACAGAGGGACCAAAUAUGAUUCAGAUAAACCUCGAGGUCUAGAAUCUCACCGGGUCGUCUCCAUCGGCAGCGAGAUCUGCGAGCAAGAUCGUGGCGGCGACGAUGACCAACCCCGCGCCACCAACCUCAGCGCCCUCGGAAGAACGUCGAGCACCGACAGCGGCGAAGGCCCAUACGUGUCCCUGUUCGAGCUCGCUCCCCUCGUCGCCCUCCCGGAAGACACCCCGGUCACCAGACACGGGACGACGAAGCCGGAGCACGGGAGCGCGCCCUCGAGCGCCGCGGCAGGCGGCGAGCAGGCGCUGACGGUGAGCGGCCUCGUCGCCGCCCUCCGCGCGCAGCGGAGGGAGCUGGAGGCGGCGCGCGCGGAGCUGCACGGCGAGCGGCGCGCCAGGGCGGAGCUGGAGGAGCAGGGCGAGCUGGACCGGGAGGCGGCGCGGGUGGCCAUGCAGCUCGUGCACGAGACGGAGACGGAGAAGCACGAGCUGCAGCGGCAGCUCGACGCGUUCAGGGUCAGGGCCCAGCUCCACGGCCGCGAGGCCGCCGCCGCCUCCUUGGACGCGGACUACUCUGCUUCUGCUCCGGCCAACCGGCUCGGCCGCCGGCUGAGCCGCGACGGUGACGGUGAACUGAUGGAGCAGGAAGACGAGGCGGGCUGGGGCGGGAACAAGAACUACCAGUCGCUGGUGGACUUCCUGCCGGGCUCGGUCUACUCCUCGUCGCCGGACCUGGCCAACCUGCUGAGGCUCUACACGGAAGGCAAUGGCAAUGGCGCUCGUCGGCCGAAAGAGGGUGGUAUCACCGAGGAGGAGGAGGAGAUCGUCGUCGCCGUCACGGCCACAUCUGUUUCCGGUUUCGACGGCCGGGACGGUGAGGAGGCCACUAGCGUUGCUGCUUCUUUGCCAGAAAGUGGUGGCGACCACGUCCGAGCAGAUCUUGCACAGGACGAAGCAGCCGUAAUGCGUGCAUGAUGUGUCGCAUUUUACCACCGUGAUUGAUUUGUUUUUCAUUUAACUGCCAUUCUUUUUAUAUUAUUUAUUGUAUGUACAGUGCUUUGAAUUGACUGAAGUCUUUUGGUCAUUUCAUCGAACACCUUAUGUGCAUCGAUGGCCUUUCUAGUAAGCACGAGCCCAUCAUGGAUGA